GUAGCGACAAGGGGGGAAAAAGAUGAAGAAAAGGAGGGGAUCCAGGAUCUGAUUUUAAUCAGAUUGUUUAAUGAACUAAACUGAAUGCACUGUCAGAAUUUGGAUCCGCCAAGGAAACACAAACUGCUUGAGUCAUCCCGCGCAUACAUAUUGUGUAACAGUACACGCCGUGUCAUUUAAAAUCCAUGUGUUAAAUGUUUAUCGAUAAUGUGCGUCCGCUUACCCUGACCUACUGAAACGAACUUUUUUUUUUUGUGAUUGCUAGAAAAACAAAUAGCAUUAGUUCCACGUAGAUAAAGACUACUAUAUAGCUGCACUGCAGAGUAGGACCAAAUGCUUCUGUAGAGGAGUUUAAGAAUACCACGCGCACAAUACGAAAGAAAAGAAAUGGCGAAGGACAGCAGAACCGUUGUAAUCGCAAUGGACGGCAGCUACCAUUCUGGAUAUGCCUUUCAGUGGUACCUAGACAAUAUCCGGAAACCAAACGAUCUUGUUAUCAUCGUGUACAGCAUAGAACGACUACGUCACGAACCGUUCCAGACCGCCAUGGGAACGGCCGACGUACACGCUCUUUGUAAAGUACUGGAAGAGGAAGAGGAAACAGAAAAGAAGCUGGUGGUCAAAUUGAAUGCCCUGUUAAAAGAAAACGGGUUAAACGGGGAGGUCAAAACCGGAUCUGGAGGAAAACCCGGAGAAGUUGUAAUGAGGAUCGCAAACGAGAUGGGCGCAGAUACUAUAGUCUGUGGAAGUCGGGGCCACGGGAAGCUCCGAAGGACGAUGUUGGGCGUGGUUAGUGACUACAUUGUACACCAUUCGGAAGUCCCCGUGACUGUUUGUCGCCACAAGCCACACAACGAAGAAGUUAGAAGACAGUCUAGUCUGGAAACUUGAUUUAUUCCACUCCCUAUAUUGUUAUUAUCAUGCACGUGUGCAUAAUCCAUUCCGAAAUGGAAAUCGACAGGGAUUUAAAAUCAAGAGAUAAAGAUGCAAUAAAAUAUGAAGCACCAUCACUUUACAAAUUAUAUGAAAACUGUUGUUCAUAUUGUAUGUGUGUUCACUUGGAAUUACAAUUUUUUAUAUAUAUAAAUAAAGUGCAAAUAUGCCUGGU